AUGCAUACAACGCCAAUUCCAAUCGAUGAAAGUUGCUCUGAUGAAAAAGCUGAAGUAGUUCCGUACCGUAUUCUUUCCCAAGCUUUGCUGGUUGCUGUAAGCCACAUGGACCCCACGUUGGCUUUCGACAUGAUGCUGGUGAACGAACAUCUUCAAAGUCAAGAUGCGGCCAAUGUGCUGCUUAAACAGGAGGUGGCAUCUCUUAAGCAUCAAUUGACCAAACAGACCCAGGAACAGAGCGAUAUGUUUCAGUAUUUUAAGAAUCAAUUUGACAAAAACAUGACUCGAAUUGCUGAGCUUGAAGUGGCGCUGGCUGAAGCACAAGAACAAAUGGGAACGUUUGAAACAACAGCUCGAGCAAUGCAGGAAAAAACAGAACAAGAGCACUUUGCCGAGUCUCACGAAGCUCAAAAGGAGAUUGUCGCUCUGAAAGAAAAUUUACAACAUGUGCAAGAAUUUGCACAGGCAAAGUUUGAGUUAGAGACCCAUACUCGCGCUUUAGAGAACAAGCUCGACGCUCAACGUGUAGCUUUUCACAUUCAAAUACAAAGUAUAGAACGGGCUAAUUCACUUGAGAAAGCUCGUAGCAAACAAGAGCUUUCAAGUCCAAUAAGUGUUGCUAAGCAAGAAAUCACGGAACACACGAAUGAUCAGGUGGUAUGCACUACACAUCGUAGUUUACUCGAAAUUGAGCAUCUUACUCAAGAGCUAGCAUUCCAAAGUCAAGAAACGGAGAAAGUGCUUGCUCGACUUGAUGAAGCGCAACAGCAGGUGACAAAGCUACGAAUUGAGAAAAGAGUGUUGGAGGCCAAUGAGGCUCGAAUGGCAAAGAAACAUUUUUACUACCAGAAAAUUCUCGCGAAAUUACAGCAGUCGAAUUCACCAGAGUGGAAUCCCAUCAUAAAGUUAGAAACGGGGAUCAAACCUUUUGAAACGAAUGUGACGCUUGUCCAUUCGGAAAAUUCAAGCUUAGCAAGAAGUAGAGAGGACAAAACGAAUGUUGAGCUUGAACAGAAGCUGGAACGUGCACUUGGAUGGCUUCGUGUCUUUCAAAGCGAGCGGCAAUAUGUAUUGGCGCAACAGGACGAAGUUGUUGAAUUUCUCUAUCGCUUGUUAGAUGAAGUUACCGAGAUCCGAGGUGGAAAUACUAGUCCACAGUUUAAACUAAUACAGGACAAAAACAUUUCUGUGAACUUUGAAGCGAAUAAACGUGUUGAAGAACUAAUUCAGCUCGCACCAAGUAUUACGACAAUGGAAGCUUUCGGACGCAAUGUUUUGAUCACUCGUCCAGCAUUAGAUGAAUUGUCAUCAGAAGAUUUUUACGAGGUUUUGUUGUUUAUACUCGAGAAAAUUCGACUCUUUCAAGCCCAAAUUGCGACGGUAUAUCUCAGGUCUUCUGAUACGACGAGUCUGAAAGAUUCUAGUCCUAUGAAACCAACCUUGGAACGUCAGCUUGGAAUUACGCUCCCCCCGAUUUCAACUUUUGCAAAUGCAGGUCGAAGUCCGAACCAGAAACGACGGGUUGUGGCUGCAAAUGUUGAUGCUGAUCAAUCGGCAAAGUAUAAGUCAGCCAAGUUCACUACAAAAGCGGACAUACAUAUACAAGCUCCAAUAAGCCCUCAAUUGUUUGCGAUGGCAACGAAUCAGUUUCAUUAUGCUAGUCGAAAACUUGUGGAGAAGAGUGCAAUGAAAAGACAGUUCCAGCAGGUCCACCCAGAGGAUGGUGUAGCAUCACCAACAGAGAAAAGUCAAAGCCAGAUACAUCCUGUGAUCCCUUGGAAGCAAAAUGAAGUGUUGCAACCUGGAAGCAAGUUUUCGAGCGGCAGUGCAGAAUCCUACGUGCAGCUUAAAUCUUCUACAAAAUUUGAUUCAUUAACGUGUAACAUGCAAAAACAAGACGAGAUGAGUAAACACGUUACUUUGUCGAAUUUGAUAGUAUACCAUAAGCGUAAGAGGAUCCAAGCACCGUCAGAGUAUCAAUAA